CACCCUGCAUUUCCCCUCCUCUCCUCCCUGGCCUCCUCCGGAAACCCAAGAGAAGGGAAACUCCACAAUUCCCGCCGCAAUAAUCUCAAUCCAUCUUGAAAUGGUGAUGAAGCGCGUUCCUGAUUGGCUCAACAGUUCCCUCUGGUCCUCCCCUCCCGCCGAAGAUCGCCUUCGCUACUCCUCCGCCUCAGCCGCCGCCCCCGCCCCCGCCCCCGUCUCCGAGCCGGCGUUGCAGCCUCCGGUUCCAGUUUCACCUCCCGUGGUAGCAAGACCCGACCCUCCUCGUCCUCCCAAAUCCGAAACCAGAGAUCCAGCUCAUGGUAACGACAGUGAUAGCAGAAACAGCAAUAAUGAUCGGAACGGAAGCUCGUCGGUCCCUUCUCCCGAAGACUUCUCUCGUCAGGCCCAGCUCUUGGCUGAGUUGUCCAAGAAAGUAAUAAAUAUGAUGGAAUUGCGGAGGAUUGCAUUGCAGGGGAUUCCGGAUGGUGCUGGAAUUAGGUCUACUGUCUGGAAGCUUCUGUUGGGGUAUCUGCCACCUGAUCGUGGACAGUGGUCAUCUGAAUUAGCUAAGAAGAGGUCUCAGUACAAACAUUUUAAGGAGGAGCUCUUGAUAAAUCCUUCAGAAAUCACAAGGAAGCUGGAAAAAUCUAUGGAUUGUGAAAAAGAUGAAUCAAAAUCUGAAAGCAGUGGCAUGCUGUCAAGAUCCGAAAUAACUCACGGAGAGCAUCCAUUGAGCCUUGGGAAGUCUAGCAUCUGGAAUCAAUUCUUCAAGGACACAGAGAUCAUGGAGCAGAUAGACCGCGACGUGAAGCGCACUCAUCCAGACAUGCACUUUUUCUCUGGGGAUUCACCACUUGCAAAAUCAAAUCAGGAGUCUCUAAAGAACAUAUUGAUUGUUUUUGCCAAGUUAAAUCCGGGUAUAAGAUAUGUUCAAGGGAUGAAUGAAAUCUUGGCACCAAUAUUCUAUGUAUUCAGAAAUGACGCUGAUGAGGAAAUGGCAGCUGCUGCUGAGGCAGACACAUUCUUUUGUUUUGUUGAGUUAUUGAGUGGGUUCCGUGACCAUUUCUGUCAGCAACUUGACAACAGUGUUGUGGGAAUUCGUUCCACAAUUACUAGGUUGUCACAGCUCCUGAAAGAACAUGAUCAAGAGCUUUGGCGUCAUCUUGAGGUCGCAACUAAGGUCAACCCUCAAUUUUAUGCAUUUAGGUGGAUUACUCUGCUCUUGACACAAGAAUUCAAUUUCGCUGACAGCCUUCAUAUUUGGGACUCACUUUUAAGUGACCCUGAAGGUCCUCAGGAGACCUUGCUUAGAAUAUGUUGUGCGAUGCUGAUUCUCAUUAGAAGGCGCCUGCUAGCAGGGGAUUUCACUGCUAAUCUUAAGCUACUCCAACACUACCCCUCAACAAACAUUAGUCAUUUGCUCUAUGUUGCAAAUAAGUUGCGCACCCUUUCAUCUGGGUAAAAUAAUUGAUCAUGCUAUUAUUUUCUCAUUUCCUUCGUUCUUGACCCCCAUUCUACGUUUCAAAAGUAAUUUUUGUAAAUUCCUGGUUGUAAAUUGGUUGGGACUUGAGAGAAACAGCUAACAUGCUGGCAGAGCAUUUUUCUCUUGGCUUUCUCAUACACCAAUAUAUAUUUUUUUUUAAU